AUGUCACACGUGGAUAUUACUUUUAUUGGCAGAUGCCUGAAAACUUUAAAUGGAUCGGAAGGUCUAGCAAGUGGGAGCCAAGAGUUCGCUGUUUGCGAGUCAUUGGUAGGAUUCACAAUAGUGAUUGCUAAAAAAUUAAACACUGAAGCAACAGAAGGCCGAAAUUUCCAAUACUGGGUACAAAAUUUUGACUUUGAGGACAUUGAUAAUUACGGUCUUGAAGAUAGUCAAGAGAAUUUGAACACGGAUGAAUCAGCAGUAUUAGGAGAGCAAAUGUACCAGUUACUAAAAGGAAAAGAGAUAGAAAUCGUUAAUUCCAUUCUUGACUUGAAAUGCUUCUUCAUUGAUGGGCCGGGGGGUACUGGAAAGACAUUUAUAUAUAAAACUUUAUACUACAUGUUGACAGGAAAACGAUACAGAGUAAAAUGUAUGGCUUUUACUGGUAUUGCUUCCAUAUUAUUACCUAAUGGACGUACUUUUCAUAAAACUUUUGGACUUAAAGUACCACUGACACCAGAUUCAGUCUCAAGUAUUGUACCUAACUCUUCUAAAGCGAGACAUUUAGCAGAAAUAGAUAUUUUUCUUAUGGAUGAAGCUCCAAUGCUUCCAAAAUAUGGAUUGCAGAACAUUGAUCAACUUUUGCGAUCCAUUGGUAAUUCAGAUCUCCCUUUCGUUGGAAAAGUAAUAGUACUAGGAGGAGAUUCUGCCUGUAGGAAUGUCUGCCUGUACAGCCGCGUGCGAGUAGGUUUGAGUUAUUAG